UGAAUGUGCGAGCUGCCUCUUGUCGCCGGUUGGGGUGGAACUCAUAACAGUUGUUAUGGAAGAUGUCAUUGGUGAGAGGAGCUAUGAUAACUGCGUCUAGGUCAAGAGUAUUGAGCCUUGCUAGGGCAUCUACUCUUGUGAGCAACCUCAAUGUGAGCCAGCAGGUACAGCGACUUCCCCCAGGCUUCCCCCAGCCACCCCUUCACACAACGGGGCUUCAGCAGCGCUUCAGCAGCGCCUCAGCCCAGGAGAGGCCAGCUGUGUCAGAUCCAGCUGGAGAUAAAGUACAGCUCACUGAGUCAUGUGUGAAGAGACUGGGGGAAAUCAUGGACAAGGGCGAGUAUCUGAGAAUACAUGUGGAAGGAGGAGGCUGCUCCGGGUUCCAGUACAAGUUUUCUGUUGACGGUAACAGGAAUGAAGAUGACCGAGUGUUCGAGCAGGGAGGAGUGGGCAUUAUCGUGGAUCAGGACAGCCUGGAGUUUGUGAAAGGAGCCACCGUGGACUAUAGCCAGGAGCUGAUCCGGGCCACCUUCCUCGUCCUCAAGAACCCUCAAGCCGAUCACGGCUGCUCAUGUGGCAGCUCCUUUUCUGUCAAACUAUGACUCUGUCUCCAUGCAUCAAUAUUUCUUCAUAACAGAUUAAAUGAACCUCACCUUUACUUCACACAAAAAAUAUUAUAGACACUUUAUUAUGGAAUGCAUUCGAACUGGUUUGUAGUUGUGAAACUAUUUGAACUGAAUGAAAGACAGAGGUAUCCAUUAAUCUGUGCUGUUUUGCUUAUAGUGACAGCUGAGUUCCCAAUAUUCAACUGUAAUCUGUUAUUUAUCCAACAAAACAAAAGCUCAGUUGAGGUGUUAGAUUUGCCUCUGUGUGUAAAAUAUGUAAAUAGGCCAGAUCUAUGAUUGCAAAGAGCUAAGCUAUUAUUGUAUUUGUUUCAUCAAUAAUAAAAUUGAGUGAAUUUCAGAUAUCUA